UGCUGUCCUGUUGUGUCAACCACCAGCUGCACUCCCACAGGGGGUUGAAGAAAGAAUUCGCUCAUCUUUUGGAAGAAAGAGACGUCACAUUUGAAACUUUUUUCUAAUUUUUCCCACCCCACGUGAAGGGUAUUUUUAAAGUGGAUAAAGAAGUAAACAGGGAUUGUAUUUUUCWCACUUCAUCCUCUGCAAUAAGAGGAAGCAAACCUAACCAGACAGCAAGCGGUGUAAUGAUCUGUGUGCAGCUGCGUGUGCGCUCACAGUCACCAGAGUUCGGUGCGCACUGGAACUCCGAGCAGAGUGCGUGAUCAGACGCUGCAACUUUAUCAGCAUGAUGCUCGACUUUCCUCUCCCCUCGUUCUUUUCCUUUGUGGCAAUUCUUGCAGCUGUUAAAGCUGUUGGGAGCCAGAAACCUGCUGAGAAUGCAGAGACAUUCUCUCCUCCAUCUCCUAUUUAUCCAGCAGUCAACUUUCAAAUCUUCAACGCAGACCAUGUGUUUCUGAGACAGGGCAGUCUGCGGCCCUCAGGGAACUCCAGUCUGAAAGUUCAAGCUAAGACUUUUCUCAUCACCAGUCCAGGUGCUGGGAUCCUCCAACCUGCUAUCAAGGCAUCAUAUGGCCCCUUAGCCGUAGACACCACCAUCCCUCCUGACCUGCUCCUCAGUGGGCUCAGAAUUCUACCGGUCAGUUUAGUCCGCCAAGUUCGUUCCUCGUCUCCAGUUGUCAAGAUCCUCUUCCACAUGCCUUCGGAAAGUAACAUCACUUUCGGCCAAGAAACGCUUGGUUCCAAAGAAGAAAACGAGAAGAAAAAUGGCGGGGAUAAGGCCAAGGAUGGAGCUUACUGCGUGACAGCUUAUGCCUUCUGGGAAACGAGGGAAGUCCGCGGGGCUUGCCUGGUGCCUCCGGGGGGAUUCUGCGUGGCGCAGCUGAAGCUGGAACCAUCUUGGUUCAGCUCAGCCGGRAGAUCUGGAAGCUCUAGUAAAGAAGCAGAAAAAUCUGAGGGAGUUAAGGGACUUCAAGGGAGUCUUGUGGAAGUCUACUUCCAGAGCAGAAGGGACCAGACCGGCCAGUGCACUCCUCAAGAUAGCCUGCAGCGAGUGGGAGUGGGACGAGGGAGAGACUCUGGAGGGUCAGGAACACCCAUGAGAAGGAUCGGGAGUGUCACCCUGAUCAAAGCUCCGGUGGGAAACCCCACGUUUUUUCGACUCAGYCUGGGAAGUGCUGUAAUGAUUCAAACUUCUUCCAAGCCCCUGAAGACCACAGAUGUGGCAACCUUUUUUGUCUUUCUGCCAAGUACAUCUACUGUGGAGAAUUUCACACUUAGGGCUGCUGUGAAAACGGGCCUGUCCUUCAGCGCAGCUCGGCCCAGUGACCCAUCGCUGUGGGAUGUGGUGGUGCAGCCCGGCAGAGGAGCGACUCCCAACACUGUCUCUGUUGUCUGCAGCAGGAAGGCGUCCAUCACUCAGAAAAGAGGCCCCUUGGAGAUUUUGCAGCUCGAUUUUGUACCAGAAGAUGUUUCCGAACAGAUUGAGAGUCAGGCCAUCUCGUGGCGCCUGGAGCUUCCAGGGAAUAUCAAGGAUGUUGGCUUAAUGCGGAUCUACACCACCCGCAGAGACUACAUGGGACUGGCACCUCUGGUGAUGACCACAGAUAUUCUGAACACAGCCAUGCUGACGGGUAAAAUGGUUUCAGUUCCUGUGAAAACUCUUGCUGUUGAGGCCAGUGGCUCAGUCAUGGAUGUGACGAACUACACCAGCUGCAGGUCUACAGACGAGGAUGUGCUCAAGGUGUCCGAGCGCUGCAACUACAUUUACGUAAAUGGGAAAGAGACAAAAGGGAAACUCAGUGUGAUGGUCAAUUUCACUUAUGGUUUCCUGAGUGCACAACUGGAGAUGAGUGUAUGGAUGCCUCGUCUCCCGUUGACUAUGGACGUGGCAGACACCGAGCUGAGCCAGAUUAAAGGUUGGAGGGUCCCUGUUACAACUGGCAACAGGAGAUCUACAUGGGACAGUGAGGAAGAUGAGGAGAUGAGGAAGGGCAGGGGUUGCAUGCUGCAGUACCAGCUCUCUGCAGUGAGGGUGCUCACACCUUUUGUAGCCCAGCCUGAUGCUGAAGUCCUGCCUGACCCUCUGACUGGAGAAGAGCCUGUGGAGUACUUCAUAGGCCCUGACUGGCAGGUGGAUGUGACCAAUCUUGUGCACUAUUCUUUACAAGCAAAGGACCCAAAAGUGGUCAAAGUGCAGGACGGGAUGGUCCUACAAGGACGAGCUGUGGGGACUACGACUGUGCAGGUGUUGUCCCCUCUGACAUCAUCGGUCCUGGCCGAGAGCAGCAUCAGGGUGCAGGAUGAUAAAGUGAGUGUGACAGAACUGGGGGUGCAGUUGGUUUCUGGACUCUCCCUGUCUCUUCAGCUCAGCCCAGGGAGCAACAAAGCCAUUGUUGCCACAACAACCACAAGGGAGAUAAUCACACAGCUGAAACAGGAAGCCUUGGUCAACUGCUGGGUACAGUUCAGCGACGGGGCGGUUGCUCCUCUGGAGAUGUUUGACCGCGGCGUCUACUCCCUCACAGUCUCCACCCACGACCAACGGGUGGCCACGGUGCGCCGCACACCGCAGUCCACGUUCGCAGUUGCGCAAGGUGAAGGCGAGGGCCGGGCGAGGCAAGUGAGGGUAGAGCUGAGGAUCUGCGAGGAAUGCCAGAAGUCUAAGAGGAAGAGUAAAUUGGCGGUGGGAGCAGCGAUUCUCAAGACCAACUUCCAGAGUAGCAGAAGUGUCACAGGAGGAGGAGGCGCUAARAGAAAUAAAAAUGUAGGGGGAAGUACACUAAAAGUUAUUAAUGAAAUUAAAGCAACAGCAGCUUCACAGAAUGUUGUCGGUACGCUGGACAGAAGACUGGUCCGAGGCACAACACCUAACCAGCAAUCCACUGUGGRUGAACGUUCCACCGCUACAACAACCUCUAACAAAUAUGUACAAACAUAUGUUGUGGGGACUGGAACGACCAAAUCGACAGGAGGAACUGUUUCUAGUGUCUUCAGUGUGGCCACCCCUUCAGCUAUGAGCAAACCAGGCUUGAAUACACAACCAAACACGAUCAAACCUACAGAGGGUGUCUUCAGUAAAGGAGAAGUGUUGAAGAAACCUUAUGGAAAUAUGCUUGAUAAUUCAAAUUCAUCUUCUAAUAUAAACAUUCCUGAAGCAGAAACACCCAAGAAGGAGGUUCCUAAAUCUAAAAUGCCAAACCUCAUUGAGAGCGACCUCAUCAGGACAUUCAGAGCCAUGUCAGACUUGGAAAUCGGCAUGUAUGCUUUAGUGGGUGUCUCCUGUGUAGCUAUUUUGGCCUUUUUAAUCAAUUGUGCAUCGUAUAAACUGUGUUUCCGGAAACAGAAGACCCCCAUACAGGCAGGCCCAGCACCGAACAUGGACCUAAAGGAUCACAAACAUGAUUGGGUGUGGCUGGGGAGUGGCAGUCACAGUGCUCCUGCACCGGCGGCUCCGGUGGCCCCGCCUCAAGCGUCCACGCUAAAAUGCGAGCCUCACCGCCCUCUGGAGUCCCAUCAUUCCAUCGAUUCCAUGGGCCACUGCAGUGGCUCUUUGCCCACUGUGAGUGCCCCUCCAGUCCCUGAGAGGACCGCCACCUUGGGGCGCASCAGAACCAGCUCCCAGCAACUUCAGUUCCAAGGAAAGGCCGUUGACCUGUUAGCAAACCGUUCAGCCACCUUGCUGGRAAGGCCUCAGCGCAGCGAGCCUCUGCAUUCUCCCACCAGCAAGAGAAAUCAAGUCCAGUUCACCACCUUCACCACGCUGGACAUCAAGCACUUGUCUGCACUGAAGAAAAACGGCGUGGACUUAACCUGGGCCAAUCAGCAAARGCAACAACAACAAGCCCCUGCUGAGCCACAAAUACCUUUACCUGACAUGCCAUGGCCUGUGGUCAAACCUGUGGGGGAGCCCCAGUGAAGUUUGAUGCUUGCAUAAGUGAUGAGAAAGCAGUCUACACAGGAUGCACAUUCUGGAAUGUUAAAGAGAAAAAGAAACAAAUGUGGCUUUAAUGUUUGAUACAAGAUAAAUCACUUGUUUAUUGAGAUUACAAACAGACUGUUCUAUAAAAGAAGGCUGUGCCGAGUGCAAAUCUGUAGGCACAGUUUGUAAAGGUGUACGCACAAAAAAAGUCAAAAUGUAGCUUUUUUGUGGCAAUUCUUGUAUUUAUAUAAUCAAAAAUCUACCAGAUCUGCUGUGUAAAUAUAAAAAUAUCUUAUACUACUUUAUUUAUUARACAUUUCUAUGUAUGCAAAGACACAAUUCACUUUAUCUUCAUUUCUUUUUACUUUUGUACAAGUCUCUAGCUCCUGUAGUAAUGGCUCCAGAUUUUUUUUAGAUGUCAGAUCAUUAAAGUACAAGAAGGAUUUUAGUACUUUUAGUUUUUUCUURUUCUUCAAAGAAUGCCCAGGGGUUUUGUAAUUUCUUGUAAAACAAUACAACAUUUAUCAUGUUAUUCUGAGCAAACUCUUGACACAGUUUUCACCAGGUAAGUAUUUGGUUUAUGUUAUGUUAAUAUGGCCUGUGCAGAYUUUGAAGUGGACAGUCUGGGCUGCAGCAUCUCCUGGGGGAAGGGGGGUGGGGGGUGGCAGCUUGUUUAAAUGACAAAAUGAACAGUUUUCAACACGUUGCGUUACAUUUUUACAUGCCUUUGGAGGCAACACUCUCCCYUUUUUAAACUAAAACCUGAUGUGUACAUCCUGUUUUUAUCAAUAAAGAAAAUAUAAGUUCUAA